AUGGCGGACGAAGAAAUCAAGCCUACGAGCAGUAUAGAAGCUGGUGGAGGAAGAGAUAAUGAGCAUGAGACCGGAUUGACAGGUCUACCGAAUCUGCCUAGUAUGACGGAAGAAACUGCACAUGAGUUACGCGCAGAAGCUCGUGAUACCCAGACAAGUCGAGCACACCCAACGGAAAACCCAGGUGGAAGACCCUUGAAAAGAUUUGAUACACUACCUACACGGCGGAAUCAACUUUUGCCAGAAACACGAAGGCGAGGGCGAACUUUGACUGGCCAGACGCCUCAGACUACUGAUCUGCCCCCAAGAAGGCAAAUUUUCAGGAGAGGAACAUCAAUUCUGUCGGGAGAAAGCGGGCAGAAAAUGGGACCUAUUCCUGAGCGAAGAGCCGCUCCUGCUGCGGAGAGAGAGGGUCGUCCCAGUGGCGUUUCUGACCAUACUCAGGCUUCAGGUCUUCGCUCACGCUUGGGCACUAUAGGUCGUCAACGAGGAGCCUCAAUCCGAAGAAGACCAACUGUUGCGCUAGAAGCAUUCACCUCGGGAACCGAUGCGGGGGGUGGAGAUAACUUUACAUUGGCUGGACCUGCACCAGUUGAGACCUUGGUGCAGAAUCAGCCCUACGUUGAUCCAGGUUACGCCCAUCUGAAUCCUGCUUAUGACCAACCCGAGAACAUCAGGCCAGUAUGGGGUUUAGCCAAACCUUUACCCCGUGUCUUGCGGCCAGGUAUGAUACCAACAAGAACGGAAGUUAAUAUGGCUCAGGCCCAGCAGCAGCAACAGCAGCAGCAGGGACAAGGACAGGCAGCUGUUGACUUAGAACAAGGUAGGAUCGAACCAACCUUCAAAUUGUCCAGAAUCUCAACCGCACUUCAAAAUGCUAGACAACAAAGGGAAAACAACCUCAUGGAAGCACAUGGAUUGGUGUCGCCGACAAAUUUGCACAGUACGACAUCUAGGCAGGAACCAUUGACUGCCACAUCGCAGAUAAUCCAAGAGGAGGAGCCGACCGAUAAGCCCACAGAUGCAGAUGUAACAUCCGUCGAACUUCACCCAACACGCCCACCUCUCUCAUUCGAGGGUCGGCUCUCACAGAGCUCACAACAUUCGAAAAUCGAUCCUUUCCCCAGCCUAUCAGAUAAUGAUGAUAAAGCUUCUGUGGCAACGGAAGUUGCGGGUGAGGAUGAUCUAGAUGGAGAUUGGAUUGGCCAGGAGAUACCUUUGGUGGCCUAUGAUGCUAAUUAUGACGAAGAAGUCCAUAAUCUUCAUACACAUUGGUCCGUUAUACGAUUAAGAUUUCGAGAACCACUUGCGGAAUUAUUGGCCGUCACUUGCCAACUUACACUUGGAUUCUGCGCGGAUUUGGCUGUAACAACAUCAGGCAAGAAUGCAUCGCCAGCAGGAAACGAAGCAACUACGGACUGGGCAUGGGGUCUAGCAUCAAUGAUUGGUAUCUACAUUGCCGGUGGUAUUUCCGGUGCGCAUCUCAACCCAGCUAUUUCCAUCAUGCUCUGGAUAUACCGAGGAUUUCCUUUACGAAAAGUGCCAGUGUAUAUCCUGGCCCAAAUACUCGGAGCUUUUAUAGCAGCCUUAAUUUCAUUCGGUCUCUACCAAACCAACAUUAUCGAAUAUGGUGGAGCCAAUCUCAAAAACGGGGAUACCAUGGGAGCCUUCAUAACCUACCCCAGAUAUGCCUGGAUCAACGCCAGCACCUCCUUCUUCACCGAAUUCGUCGGCACCGCCAUCUUAGCCGUCGCAGUGCUCGCCCUCGGAGACGACAUGAACGCACCACCCGGAGCCGGCAUGUCCGCCUUCGUAAUGGGCCUCGUAAUUGUUGCUCUCAGCAUGGCAUUCGGCUACAACACCGGCGCAGCUUUAAACCCCUCUCGAGAUUUCGGCCCGCGACUUGCGCUUGCCGCACUGGGGUAUGGAAAAGAUCUCUUCACAGAUGUGUAUUGGAUAUGGGGAACCUGGUGCGCGCCGAUCUUAGGGGCGAUUUUCGGGGCGUUCCUGUAUGAUGCGGCGAUUUUUGCGGGGGGUGAGAGUCCGGUUAAUUAUCCGAGGAAGAGACUUAAGAGAGCGGGGCAUAAGUGGAAGAAGAGAUGGGGUGUUAGAUUGAGGAAGUUGAAGCCUAAGAAGGCGGGUGAGGAUGAGACUUAUAGGAGGUGGAAGGGUGGUCAGUGA